CCCCGCCCCGCCCCGCCGGAGCGCGCGCGGCUCCGCCCGCCAAUUCGGGCGGGAAGCGGCGGGCGGCGCGGGGUGGCCGCCAUGAACGGGACGGUGCUGCCCGGGACCCCCAUCGCCGUGGACUUCUGGAGCGUGCGGCGGGCGGGCGGCGCCCGGCUCUUCUUCCUGUCGCACCUGCACUCGGACCACACGGCCGGGCUCUCCAGCACCUGGAGCCGCCCGCUCUACUGCUCGCCGCUCACUGCCCGCCUCCUGCACCGCCGCCUCCAGGUGCCGACGCGCUGGAUCCGGCCGCUGGAGGUGGGGCAGAGCCAUGUGGUGGGCGAGGAGGUGACGGUGACGCUGCUCGACUCCAACCACUGCCCCGGCUCCGUCAUGUUCCUCUUUGAGGGCGCCUUCGGCACCAUCCUCUACACAGGGGACUUCCGCUACGCCAGCGCCAUGCAGGGCGAGCCGGCGCUGCGGGGCCGCCACAUCGACCGCCUCUACCUGGACAACACCCACUGCCACCCACACCGGCCGCUGCCCUCACGGCAGCACGCCACACGCCAGGCCGCCCACCUCAUCCGCGCCCACCCGCAGCACCACGUCGUCAUCGGUGUGUACAGCCUGGGGAAGGAGACGCUGCUGGUGGACCUGGCCCUGGAGUUCCGCACCUGGGUGGUGGUGAGCCCCUGGCGCCUGGAGCAGAUGCGGCUGCUGGAGCUGCCUGAUGUCUUCACCACCGAGGAGGGGGCUGGCUGGAUCCGUGCUGUGGAUGUUGCCGAGAUCCGCUCGGAUACCCUUGUCAGCUGGAACAUGCUGCACCCUACGAUUGCCAUCAUCCCUACGGGCAGGCCUGUGAAGGUCACUCACCCCAACAUCCAUCUGAUCCCGUACUCAGAUCACUCAUCCUUUUCGGAGCUGUGCGAGUUUGUGAAGUGGUUGAAGCCUUGCUCGGUCAUUCCAAUCGUGAGGGGCAGCAUGUGCCAGGCUUACUUUCAGAAAUAUCUAAAUUCUGCCCCCCAGGCACUUCCUGACCUCAGAAUGCCAAAGCCAGUGAAAGAGUCUGGACAGCAGCAAAGCAAAAGGAAGGGGCAGGAACCCAUGUGUCUCUUGAAAAGAGUUACCCGCUGUUCUGUGCCCCAAGGAGUUGUUUAUGAGUCCCCAGAGGAACAUACUGAGAACUCUGAAGACUUCAUGGAUGUUAAGGUUCCUCAGCAGAACGACUGCGAGUCAGCCUUCUGCUCAAAAGAAGGUUGCGCUUGUUAUCACACGGGCAAGGAGAAAGGGAAGGCAGAGCUGAGUGGAGAACAGCCAGGAGAGGCAAGAGCAGCCAGCGCUGUUAGCUGGGCACCUCUCUCUGAUGAGCGCUUUCUGACUGGGUUCGCAGAGCAGUAUUUACUCACUCCCUUAAAUGUCCUAAAGCGGAAUUCCUCACAGAAAUUUGACAAGCUGGUAGAAGAUUUCUUUAGGAGAGGAGAAGCAUCCUGAAAAAUCGGCACUUGCCAGCGCCAAUGCAGUUGACAGCAGUGAUGCUAGAGGUCUUAUGACUGCACCCCAUUCUCUGUGCUUUAGUUUCCCAUCAGGAGAGAGGAGCUCAGCUAUGGGGUCUACGUUUGUUACCUCUUAUUAGAGGACAAGGAGGAAACUAUAACCAAUUUGUAGGCAUUAGAUUUUUAUUUUAAUUUAUUUAUUUUUAUAUCUCUACAUCUGCUGGGUCUCCACACUCGGGCAGUACAGUCCCACUGCGUGUGUGCCUUGUAUCUGCUUUUUGCAGUGACUUGCCUGUCUCUUGUGACAGAAGAUAAUGCCAGGUUGAUUCGAGCUGAGCAGCAGAGGGUGUGAGCUGCCUGCAGCUGAAGUGAUUAAUGGGGGUGUAUGUGAUGAAAGAAGCAAGAAGGGGGAAUCUGAGAGCCUCAAAGAUUCUUCUUUAUAUAUGGCUGUAAUUCUUCAUUGACAAUGAGCAGUUCACUCAAGAUGCAUUACAGAUAUUAUAUAUUAAGUUAUAUUUUAAAAAUUACUCUUAAAGAAAGCUAGAAAAUGAAGAGCCUCUAAGUCUAUUAAUCUGUUUUCUGUCUAUUAAUCUAUUUUCUAUCUAUUAAUCUAAUAAUAACUCCAGACAGCGCUGCUUUUGUAUCCAGCCAACUGCAGCUGGACGCAGUUCGGCUCUCCUGAAAGCACCAUCUUAAUGUUAAUUGUCAAUGCUUUUUCAGGUUAGCGGCUGGAAGAAAUAGGAAUUGUCUGGGUUGUUGAGUUCUGGACUUUCCAGAAUGGGUUACUAGAGCCUCUGCAGCCUCUGCACUCAAGUCUGCACGUCUGAAAUCUGCUUGACUGCAAAGCAUUUCUGGUAACUGCCAGUGUUCUGCUGGGCCCACUGCCUUCCCAUCCACUGCCCGUUCUUAUCACGCAAUGGCAAAUGGGAUGGAAGAUAGUGAAACGUCUGCUUAGUGGUGUGAAGUGCUUAGUCUUAGCAGCAUUGUUUGGAAGGAAUGCUAUUUAUUUGCGACACAAAAUGUUUUAUGUGAUGUUGACCAGGAUCAGAGUCUCUUCUGAAUGUAGUGUCCUGCCAGGUCUCUCCAAGACCAGCUAGAUGGAUUGAAUUCCCUGAACCAGGUCAGAAUAGGAAGUGUUUGCUCUUUGAGUAAAGCUAGGGCUCGUGGAAAGCAAAGAUGCCUGUAGAUGCAGCAGCCAUACCUGUUAAAAACAAGGCUGCCCUGAACAGUAAUCAUGAUGACAGCCAGAGUGGGUAUGUUUGGAAAGCUGUUUGGCAAACAGGAGCCCCAACUCCCAACCCUGUGCCUUCCCAGGCACUGCAGCAUUGUCACUGUAAUGUAAGCGGUCCCUCUCACGGGCUGCCUAUGGAUUCUGCCUGCCAACUGCUACGGGGACGUCGGGAGGGAGGGAGCAGUGUUCUGUGAAACACACUUGUAAAGGGGUAGUAAGGGCAGGUCAAGCUUCUUUCUGUGGUCUGAAUGGUCCUGUUUCUUGGAGGUUUAUGUACAGAUUAUUUGCGUAUCAAAACUCAGCUGCAGAGCUUCAUCAUGUCAGUGUGAGCGGAGACACCUGCCUCUUCUGUAACAUCCGAGAACACCAGGGAAAUAAUUGUGCUAUGCUUGUUGUGUUUUGCCUGCUGCUGGCUGCCUUGGAGAUGCAGGCUGUUAUUUAAGUACUGUUGAAGUUUAAGUGACCCAUUUUACAGGCAAGUGAGUGAAGCACUGCCUGAACUCCCAGAUUCCAUGUCCUGCUCUCCCGGGCAGCCUCUCCAUUGCUCAGGAGGAAUGUUUGCCUUCUGAGUCACUGCUCCAUUUAAGUAUGUUGCAAAUGACCACGGAGACCUGAUGCGUUUCACUGCUGAUGUUUUGUGGCAUCCAGCCUUUCCUCUUUUAUUCUUAUCAACCAUUCUUCUCAAUCAUUUAUUCAAGUAAAUGAAGUACAGAACUUCCUGGUGAACCUCUGGGCAAAAUGGAGUUGUAAAUGGUAAUCCUUUGCAGAGGCAACUGAUCUUUAGAUCACCCAAAAAGUGAAAAUUGCAGAGAAUUCAGAAGCUGGGGAUCUGCACCUCAUUUCUGAAUGCUUAGUUAAAACUGCAGAAGAAAUGCUGGCUUCUGUUACUAGAGCUUAAAAGGUAAUUCCUGCCACUUCAGAAAUAAAUUAUCCAAAUGAUAUAGAGCUAAGGAAACCUACAAUCUCUCCAUGGUUUUCAAAGGCAAUAGAAGCAGGAGAGACUUGGCCAACAGCCAGCAUGUUGAAGAUCUUUGCCUCAUCACAGCAGGUGCAUGAGGCAUUUUAGAGGGCCACAGGUUUCCUUCCUUUCUUAGGUGUUACUUUUGUGUGUUAUCGUAAAAUCCUGGAAAAGAAAACAGGGGCUUGUGGGGAAAACUGGCAGUGUGGUCUUGCUGAGCUCUUAAGGUUUCUGAAAAUCCUUCAUUUUCCCCUGGAGUCUCCUGGCAGCAGUAAAUAGCUGGCCUCUUACAGGCCUUGUUCUCCCUCAUGCUUGCCUCCAAAGUUUCCCUCUUUUCCUGCCACCAGCCUGUCUCACAGGGGAGCGUUUGUGCAGCCGAGAGCUGGAGCGUCAUGUACACCAGGGUCUGAACGUGCUGCUUCCAGCUCAGUGGCACAGGGCUCUGCCAACACCGCUACCACAGGUGCCUUCUCCUCACAACAGCGACAGUGAGAAGCUGUAGCCUCCUAUUAGCUUGGCUGCGGGGUAUCUAAGGGCCACAUGCUUGGAAACUCACAGUUAUCCUGUCAGGAAAAAAAAAAUAAAACACGGUGCUCAGACCAAAGCCUCCCAAAUCUAUACAUGCAGAGCAUGCCCGAGCUGCUUAUCUCUGUUCCACAGUUGGGAACCAAGCCCCAGUGGGACGAAACAACUCACCCAAGGCCUUACAGAGCCUACAGAGGAGCUAGGAAGGAGCAGAGUUCCUUUUGGCAAGUUUUUAUCACUGUUUUAACAAGCUGCGAUCAAAUGCUAGCAUGUCAUCAGGGCAGGGCAGGCUUGUUCUGGGAGCAGGGCUGCCUGCUGAGCUCCUUCCGCACAGCUGCCCGUGAAAGUCCAGUUGCCAUACUGUGAAACAGUUACUUGGCUCCACCUUCUCUAAAACAGAGUAGAAAACCGUGAAGGGGUACCCUCUCUAUGCCAUGGAGAGGAGGAAAAGUGCUCUUUAGGUUUAGGUUGCUGCCAAGAGCCUUACUUGUGCGCUCCAUGGAAAAGAAGCGUAUAACGUAACUUCGUAAGGAACACCCUACAGCACUCUGCUCUGUCGCGUUUCCAACUCUGCUUCCCGCACUGCAAGGCUAAAGCACUUAGGGCAGCGUCUCUCUUCUCUGCAGAGCUGCUGUCCGUUUCUGCAGUGCAGGUUCUUACUGUUAUUUUCUGGAUAAAAGGAAUUGUGUAAUGGGGAAAUCUUCAUCACCAAGAAAACUAAUUAAAUGAGUUUACAUAACUUCCUGUAUGGUGUGUUGUAGCUUUGGGCUUAUUCCAAAUUAACCUCAAGCCUAAAAUCUCUUGCUUUGUAUUCUUUUAUGGAACCCUCUGAAAAUGUAGGUGAAUGUGCAGAAAAGGUAGAGCCACCCUGAUAAUCGUGUGAGGGGCCGCCUUCACAUGAGCUGUUGCCUGGCUAUGGGUGUUCUGUGUGCAUUUGCGAUUCCUUCUGCUAAAUUUGGGCUCUUUUGCUAAGGUCGCUACAGUGCCUAAAUUUUCCUUGCUGUCACUUUGUACUUGGCCACAUGCCAGCCUCAGCACAAGCAGCCGUGAGCGUGCAGUAAAUCGUUUGGGACAGGCCUUAUUUGACAACAACCCUCUUGGCCCUGGCUCAGGAAGUCCGGGACUUUGUAAGCAGGUGCCUGGGAAGAUGAGAAUAUUUUCAUUUUCUGUGCGUGCUCCACUCAUGACAGAUGGGCAGGGUGGGGCGCCACCUGGGGCUGCUCCUCUGCUUGCUUUCCAGGCAUUGCAACCAGUAAAUACUGGAGCAUAGGACUUGGGCCAUCUGGGAAGCCACGCUCUUCACUCCAACAGGCAGGAGCUGCAGAAUCGCGUCGGGGAGGAGGAGGAGGAGAGCUCGGGGAGGCGAGUUCCCCCCUUCCCACAGGGGACAAGCUCCACAGUGAGCCCAGGGCGCAGACCAUGUCAGGCUCCCUCGGGUUUCAAGGGGCUGUGAGCCAAGCCCUUGCUGAAGUGUGUUGCAUACUUUCUUGCUUUGGAGUUCACUGUAUGUCUGAAGAAAAUAAGGCCAAGAGAAAUGCAGCCCCGAAGUCCUCCAUGCAGGACUGAGACCUUCCUUUAGCAGACUGCACAGAGGGGUGAGCUGCUGAACAGUGUUCUGCUGCAAGGAAGAAAGUCAAAAAUGUUAUUCCUUGAAUCAAGCACACACACAAAGUUACUUGUAGGAUUUUACACAAAAGAGCAAUACUGUCCCACUCAAACUUCUCUGCUGGCAGCUUGUCUCACUGUCCAUUGGAUGCUUAUUUAGUGCCCCAAAUCAUGGCUGCAGUUAGUUGCCCAGCACUCUCUCAUGGAAAAAAAGUUGCGCUUGAGUUUCUGCAAAGCAGAAAACCUCCUCGGUACAUCCUGAUGUUCCUCCCUCCCUGGGGAUCUGACGGUGGCCCCAAGGAUGGUUUAGAAAGGUACUUGUGUAAUAGCGCGCACUGAGGUGGUGGCCCUGUCAGUACGUGCUCUGGAUCUGCGUGACUCUUCCACCCACCUGAGGUGGAGCACGGUGAAGUCGCGAUGGCCUGGAGGAUGGGGUGGCUCUGCAGGGAGAGCCCAGCCCUCGCAGCAGAGGGGUGCGGGGGGUCCCCGGCAGCACGUCCUUUCCUGUAGCAUCACGGCUUCAGCAUCGCGGUGCCCGUUAACAAACGCUCCAGUUACAGCACUGGGUUUCCAACAGCCUCCAAAAGCCCGAGGUGACGACAUGCGGUGGCUUUUGCUGGGCUGGCGCAGUCUCCAUCUUCCACCUUAUUCGUGUCUCUGCCUGUAAUGGUCUAACUGUAGCAAACAGCAGAUUGCGAGAUCAAGGGAUUUUGAUUAUUUUUGAUUGUACGUUCUUUUUUCCCACUGAUCAUACGGAUGCAAACUACUAGCCUUGGGUCUUUAUGCUCGUUAAAAGGUGCAAGUUCAUGCUCAUUGUGCUGCUGUUCGUGUAGGAAUAAAUAUGAAGCCGUGAAAGUUUCUGAGAUUUUGGUAAGCGUAUUUGUAACCGUUUUAAAGCACGCAGAAGCCCAAAGAACGUCCCCGCAGCACCGCUCUGCCUCUGGAGGAAGCUGAAUUAAAGCACCCUGGACGUGGGGCUCCCGAGCGGGCGAUGCCGCAUCCCUCAGCGCUGUCUGACCGCCGAGCGGGCGGCCCGGCCGCCUUUCCCAGACCCCCCCUUCAGCCCCCGGAGCGCUCCGGCCGUCGCGGCCUCGCCCGCGCUCGCUUAACGGGCACCGGGCGGGCCGCCGGUUGCUGGAGCGGCUCCCGGGUACCGGCACGGGAAGGCCCGCCGCGCCUCUC